GCCGGUGGCCCCGAGCGGCCCCGCCGACGGCUUGCCCCAGCUCUGCCACUCGAUCAUGUGGGCCACGCGGCCCUGGGCCAUGGCCGUGGGCUUGGUCACCUUGUCCUUCAUGGAGCGCGUCACGCCUGAAGUGCCAACUGCUAUUUUCACGGAGAAUGCAGCGUUGUGGACAAAUGGUACGAACAAGGGAAAAAGAAGCACAAAGCAUGGAUGGGAGCGCCACCAGCAGACACAUCACCACACGAGCCGCAAGAACCGGACCAACGGCACCGGCGGGUGACCGAGUGUCCUGACCCGCCUGCGAGAUGCUCGACUCGUUCUUCUCGGCUUCAAAGCGCACUCGUCCUCCCAGAUUGUGUUUGGCUUUAAAUCCCCCGGCCCAACCUCCUCCCACGCGGUCUGUCCCGGACUGGAUUAUCUCAUCAUCGCGCAUCCGAGAUGUCUACUCCAAACGCAGCAGGAACCCCGGGAGCGACCGAUCCCGAAGGCGGACCACCGGCUCCGGCCCCCAAUUUGACCAGCAACAGGCGACUGCAACAGACGCAGGCGCAGGUGGACGAGGUGGUGGACAUCAUGCGCGUGAACGUGGACAAAGUUCUGGAGCGUGACCAGAAGCUGUCGGAGUUGGACGACCGUGCAGACGCUCUGCAGGCCGGAGCCUCGCAGUUUGAGAGCAGCGCCGCCAAGCUCAAGAACAAGUACUGGUGGAAGAACUGCAAGAUGAUGAUCAUCAUGGCCGUGGUGGGCGUCAUCUUUUUGGGCGUCAUCUUCUUGUAUUUCUUCUACUGAGCCAAACUUUCGGUCCGCCUCAACUUCACCCUCAGUUCCCACCCCGCUCUUCACCGACGUCUUCCUCGCAAACUCCCACGCUCACGAGACUCUCAGGUUGCUUUUUUGGUGUUUAUUUGCCCUUCAGCACAUAAAAGUGGUAUUGAGCAGACGGACAGGGUCCUCUGGCUAGCCGAAUUAGCACUGUCAAGCGCCAAGACGAUGAGCGAGAAGCUGACGGGUCGUCGUUUCAUCACGGCGAGGCACAGCCAUCAAAACAGUCACACUUGUAAAAAGGCCUGAAUCGAAAAACAUCACUUGAAAAACGCUUUGCAUAUCUUUACCUUUGUUCAAAUGAGACUUUAUUUCAAAUAGUGACAAAUGGACAAGUGUCUUUACAUUAUCAUUUGGCUUACACGCGACUCUAGACGCAACUCACCGUCCACUGUUACCGCAAAUGAUUUUGCCUAUUUACAUCCAAAGACACAAAUGUAAAUAUAAAGACUAUCAAAUGUGCACCAGAGGUGAGGAGGAGAGAGUCCUUUUUCUCACGGGUCCUCUGUCAAAAAAAAAA